CGUCUGUCACGACACAUGCCGAAAACAAGUCAAUAACAAACUUUUCCCGCUUUAGAGUUACACGAGACGUCAGCGUGCACAAACAAUGUCCAAUCCGCUUGCUCAGUUCGCUUUUUCGUGAUUGGUGGCCCGUGCAUGACGUCAGGGGUGUAAACACUUCUGUCGAGCGCUUUCUGCUGAUUUUCAGUAGCUGCACAUGUCAGGACAUGGCUCCAGUAAUUGAUAUGGUGCUGAAACGUGGAAUCCCUUGCCUGGUGAGAACAUAUGGAACACUUGUGUCAAGUUUUGGUGUUGGGUUCAGACAAAUCAGACCCAUCUCGGUUCUGCCAUCUGCCUCACAGAACUUUGGUGCAAAGUAUUUCACAAGGUCUCGAACAUCACGUGAACUUUACGCAUCAGUUCCACACAGCAGACCUUCAUUAUUUGGGGCAGAUGCAUAUAGGAGGCACUGGCCCUUUUCUGGGACAAUUUGCCAGUCUUCCAGUUUUCACCAAAAUACCCCUUCAGUGGGUGGGAUAGCAACUGCUGAUGUUCAGAAGGCGAAUGAGACCAAGAUGAAUUCAAUACGAUGUUCCCAACACAGACAGGUGCUAAGCGCAAAAGCACGAGAGCAGAGAGUUCCAGCAACAAGAUUAGGAAGGCUUGCUAAUUUUGGAGGUCUAGCCGUUGGAAUAGGUAUUGGCACACUAGUUGAAGCUGCAAAGAAGUCAUUUUGGCGCAGUGAGGGAGAAAAUGGGCACAAUGAACUACUGAGUGCUAGUAACAUCCUUUCUGAAUCCAAUGCUGAGAGAAUUGUAAAAACUCUUUGCAAGGUUCGAGGGGCAGCACUGAAGCUGGGUCAGAUGCUGAGCAUACAAGAUGAUGCAUUCAUUAACCCGAUGCUUCAAAAAAUAUUUGAGAGAGUCCGCCACAGUGCUGACUUCAUGCCGACUAAACAGAUGCUGCGUGUGCUAAACUCUGAGCUGGGGCCAAACUGGAGGGCAAAAUUGGAAAUGUUUGAGGAACGGCCAUUUGCUGCAGCCUCUAUUGGUCAGGUUCAUCUGGCAAGACUGCAUGAUGGAAGGGAAGUUGCAAUGAAAAUACAGUAUCCUGGUGUGGCACAAAGCAUUGACAGUGAUGUUCGCAACAUGCUGGGUUUGCUGAACAUGAGCAAUGCUCUUCCUGAAGGCCUGUUUCCGGAGCAUGUGAUCGAGGUACUAAGUCGAGAACUCGCCCUUGAAUGUGAUUAUGAGAGGGAGGCAGCCUGUGCACGGCAGUUUAGUGAGCUAUUACGGGAUGAUCCUUUCUUCAGUGUGCCUGCAGUGAUAGAUGAACUGAGUAGUAAAAGGAUAUUGACCACUGAGCUGGUACCUGGUUAUCCGCUGGACAAGGCAGAAGGAUUGAGCCAAGACACCAGGAACAAGAUCUGUUCUAAGAUCUUGGAGCUGUGCAUCCGAGAGCUAUUUGAAUUUAGAUUCAUGCAGACAGACCCAAAUUGGUCUAAUUUUUUUUAUGACCCUCAGACUGGAAAGGUGGCACUGCUGGAUUUCGGGGCCACCCGGGGCUUUGAGAGGGAAUUCACUGAUCAAUACAUUGAGGUCAUCAGAGCUGCUGCAGAGCAAAACAAGGAAGCUGUUUUGCAAAAAUCAAUUGAUAUGAAGUUUCUUACUGGAUAUGAAACUAAGGUUAUGAAAGAUGCCCAUGUUGACGCAGUUAUGAUUCUGGGAGAGGCGUUUGCAUCUGCUGUGCCAUUUGAUUUCAGCUGCCAGACCACUACCCGCAGGAUACAUCAGAUUUUGCCAGUGAUGAUGAAAUAUCGACUCACCCCUCCGCCCGAGGAGACGUACUCACUUCAUCGGAAAAUGGCAGGCUCUUUCCUGAUUUGUGCUAAACUGAAAGCGCACAUUCCUUGUCAGGACAUGUUUGUCCAAGCAUAUAAAAAAUACUGGGGUAAGGAAAACUUUGUAGGUGAAGCACAGAGAGCAGCAGUGAAAGUAGGAGCUCGAAUCUGAAGAAAUACAGGACUGGCUUUUGGUAUUGAGUGCUUAAUACGUAGGCUCAAAGAGUAACUUUAGUGGAGAAGUUGAAUUUUGUAACUGAAGUGAGGAUGUACAGGAGUGCCACCACAGUCUAGUUCCUUGAGCUAUAAACUGGCCAGCACAUCAUUUUGAAGUGUAACAGUGAUACCAACUGAACCUGAAUUGUCAUGAAGUGUUGAUUCCAGUUUGAUUUGCAACUUAAAGUUUGAACCAGGACCAGAUGAGCGGGAUACUUCACUUGUGGACCAUUUAUAUCUGUCUGGAAGGGACAUCUAUUUGGGACCUUGAAAGUUUUUUCAUAGUUCUACAUUCUAUGAAAUUGUACAGACAGAUUUUUUUUUUGUGUGUGCGUGUUUUAGUACUUCCUUUGCAAAAUUAUGUUAUACAUUAGAGCAUAUUGCUGAAAUGAAAGAAUUAUUUGCACUGUCUUCUGCAGCUUCUCCUCGAUUUUCUUGGAGAAAUGAACAUUUAAAAGAUUUUGCCAUUCCAUGUUUUCCAGCAGUCAGGUGCAGGUUGCAUUUUCUGUGUAGAAUUCUGCUGCUUUGCCUCUCUUGUAUGUGUCUCUCCAGUUUUAGGAUUUACUUUAGAUAGGACCACAGACAUUUCUUCCUUCACAGUCUUGGUUCUUACCUUUUUAAUGUAUUUAUCUAUAUGAAGGCAGAUAUGACCAUUCUAGUCUUUACAGAGUGCAAUCACUUUACGUAAUGUUAGGUGUUUAAUAAAAAUCCAAUCAGAAUGGCUGUUAGGAUUUUGUUUCCAACUGGGGCUGUGUAACUCCAUCUCGAGAUUUGUUUGUCUGCAAAUCAGGAAGCUGUAUCUGUAGGGGCAGAACAGUUGACCUAUAUAGUGUGCACAAUCACAAGUGCAUCACACUCCUCUUUUUCAUUCUGAAGGAAAAGUAAAUGUAAUACUGAAAACACUCCAAUCGUUGAUGUGGAAAGCCAAAGAAAAUUUAAUUUAAAGUUUUUGUGCAAUCCAUGUCCUCAUUGAUAAUCAUGAAAUUUCUGUUGUGGAUGCAAAUGCUGGAGCAUUGGUACCUUAAGGAUACAGAAUGUACGUAGUCGAAGGUUAGUGAUGUGUGCUAGGCUUGUUAUGCUGUAGGAUUGUGUUGCAAGGAGGAUGAAGAAAAAGGCAUUGAAGAUGGUACGAGUAGAAAUGAGUGGGUUCAGAAAAAUUAACCUAUUUUGUACAACUGUAAAUAUUUCCUUUUGUAAUAAAUAAUUUUUGAAUAAAA